UUGUUUCCUUCCUACUUUCUUUCCAUCCUUCAUAUUUUCAUUCUCCCCUUCCAUCUCUCCUUCUUUCCAUCCUACUUGCUUCUAUCCUUCCUGCAUUCCUAUUUUACCCGCAACUUUCCUAACGGUCCUUUCUACUUUCAUUCGCUCCUUCCAUCUCUCCUUCUUUCCAUCCUACUCGCUUCUAUCCUUCCUGCAUUCCUAUUUUACUUGCCACUUUCCUUCUGUCCUUUUUACUUUCAUUCGCUCCUUCCAUCUCUCCUUCUUUCCAUCCUACUUGCUUCUAUCCUUCCUGCAUUCCUAUUUUACUUGCCACUUUCCUUAUGUCCUUUCUAUUUUCAUUCGCUCCUUCCAUCUCUCCUUCUUUCCAUCCUACUUGCUUCUAUCCUUCCUGCAUUCCUAUUUUACCCGCAACUUUCUUUCUGUCCUUUCUACUUUCAUUCGCUCCUUCCAUCUCUCCUUCUUUCCAUCCUACUUGCUUCUAUCCUUCCUGCAUUCCUAUUUUACUUGCCACUUUCCUUCUGUCCUUUCUACUUUCAUUCAACCUUCCAUCUCUCCUUCUUUCCAUCCUGCUUCUAUCCUUCCUGCAUUCCUAUUUUACUUGCCACUUUCCUUCUGUACUUUCUACUUUCAUUCGCUCCUUCCAUCUCUCCUUCUUUCCAUCCUACUUGCUUCUAUCCUUCCUGCAUUCCUAUUUUACUUGCCACUUUCCUUCUGUCCUUUCUACUUUCAUUCAACCUUCCAUCUCUCCUUCUUUACAUCCUACUUGCUUCUAUGCUUCCUGCAUUCCUAUUUUACCCGCAAAUUUCCUUCUGUCCUUUCUACUUUCAUUCGCUCCUUCCAUCUCUCCUUCUUUCCAUCCUACUUGCUUCUAUCCUUCCUGCAUUCCUAUUUUACUUGCCACUUUCCUUCUGUCCUUUUUACUUUCAUUCGCUCCUUCCAUCUCUCCUUCUUUCCAUCCUACUUGCUUCUAUCCUUCCUGCAUUCCCAUUUUUGUGCUUUCCACUUUCCUUCUGUCCUUUUUUCCAUCCUAUUUCAUUCGCUUACCUUCCAUCUCUCCUUCUUUCCAUCCUUCUUUCCAUCCUACUUGCUUCUAUCCUUCCUGCAUUCCUAUUUUACUUGCCACUUACCUUCUGUCCUUUCUAUUUUCAUUCGCUCCUUCCAUCUCUCCUUCUUUCCAUCCUACUUGCUUCUAUCCUUCCUGCAUUCCUAUUUUACUUGCCACUUUCCUUCUGUCCUUUCUACUUUCAUUCGCUCCUUCCAUCUCUCCUUCUUUCCAUCCUACUUGCUUCUAUCCUUCCUGCAUUCCUGCAUUCCUAUUUUCAUUCCUUUCACUUUCCUUCUGUCCUUUUUUAUUUCCUUCUUUCCUUCCUAUUGCUUCUAUCCUUCUUUCCAUCCUAUUUUACCCCCACUUUCCUUCUGUCCUUUCUGUUUUCCUUCCAUUCUCCUUCUUUCCAUCCUUCCUUCUGUCCUUUCUAUUUUCAUUCGCUCCUUCCAUCUCCUUCCAUCUCUCCUUCUUUCCCUAUUUACUUACCACUUUCCUGUCCUUUUUAUCCUCCUUCUCCUUCUUUACAUCCUAUCUAUCCUUCCUGCAUUCCUAUUUUACUUGCCACUUUCCUUUCUCUUCCUUCCUGCAUUCCUAUUUUACCCUUUCUUUCUGUCCUUUCUACUUUCAUUCGCUCCUUCCAUCUCUCCUUCUUUCCAUCCUUGCUUCUAUCCUUCCUGCAUUCCUAUUUUACUUGUCUGUCCUUUCUACUUUCAUUCGCUCCUUCCAUCUCUCCUUCUUUCCAUCCUACUUGCUUCUAUCCUUCCUGCAUUCCUAUUUUACUUGUCACUUUCCUUCUGUCCUUUCUACUUUCAUUCGCUCCUUCCAUCUCUCCUUCUUUCCAUCCUACUUGCUUCUAUCCUUCCUGCAUUCCUAUUUUACUUGCCACUUACCUUCUGUCCUUUCUAUUUUCAUUCGCUCCUUCCAUCUCUCCUUCUUUCCAUCCUACUUGCUUCUAUCCUUCCUUUCCUAUUUUUUUCCUUCUGUCCUUUCUAUUUUCAUUUCAUCUCCCCUGUUUCCAUUUCCUUCCUGUCCUUUUCUUGCCACUUUCAUUCUGUCCUUUCCUUCAUCUCUCCUUCUCUCUCCUUCUUUCCAUCUUACUUCUAUCCUUCCUGCAUUCCUAUUUUACCUGCCACUUUCCUUCUGUCCUUUCUACUUUCAUUCGCUCCUUCCAUCUCUCCCUUAUUCCAUCCUGCUUGUCCUUUCUACUUCCUAUUUUACUUGCCACCUUCCUUCUGUCCUUUCUUUUCAUUCCUCCUUCCAUCUCUCCUUCUUUCCAUCCUACUUCUAUCCUCCUUCCUGCAUUCUAUUUACUUUGCCACUUUCCUUCUGUCCUUUCUACUUUCAUUCUCUCCUUCCAUCUCUCCUUCUUUCCAUCCUACUUGCUUCUAUCCUUCCUGCAUUCCUAUUUUACUUGCCACUUUCCUUCUGUCCUUUCUACUUUCAUUCGCUCCUUCCAUCUCUCCUUCUUUCCAUCCUACUUGCUUCUAUCCUUCCUGCAUUCCUAUUUUUGCCCUUUACCUUCUGUCCUUUCUACUUUCAUUCCUCCUUCAUCUCUCCUUCUUUCCAUCCUACUUGCUUCUAUCCUUCCUGCAUUCCUAUUUUACUUGCCACUUUCCUUCUGUCCUUUCUACUUUCAUUCGCUCCUUCCAUCUCUCCUUCUUUCCAUCCUACUUGCUUCUAUCCUUCCUGCAUUCCUAUUUUACUUGCCACUUUCCUUCUGUCCUUUCUACUUUCAUUCGCUCCUUCCAUCUCUCCUUCUUUCCAUCCUACUUGCUUCUAUCCUUCCUUGCAUUCCCUUUUUUUCUUCUCCCAUCUUUCCUUCUGUCCUUUCUACUUUCAUUCUCUCCUUCCAUCUCUCCUUCUUUCCAUCCUCCUUCUUUCCACUUGCUUCUAUCCUUCCUGCAUUCCUAUUUUACUUGCACUUUCCUUCUGUCCUUUCUACUUUCAUUCGUCCUUUCUCUCCUUCUUUCAUCCCUACUUGCUUCUCCUUCCAUUUCUCUUACUUUUCCUUCUGUCCAUUCCUUUCAUUUGCUCCUUCAUCCUUUUUCCAUCCUACUUUCUUCUAUCAGUCCUGCAUUCCCUAUUUUACUUGCCACUUUCCUUCUGUCCUUUCUACUUUCAUUCGCUCCUUCCAUCUCUCCUUCUUUCCAUCCUACUUGCUUCUAUCCUUCCUGCAUUCCUAUUUUACUUGCCACUUUCCUUCUGUCCUUUCUACUUUCAUUCGCUCCUUCCAUCUCUCCUUCUUUCCAUCCUACUUGCUUCUAUCCUUCCUGCAUUCCUAUUUUGCCACUUUCUUGUCCUUUCUUUCCUUCUGUCCUUUUUCUACUUUCAUUCCUGCAUCCUUCCAUCUCCUUCCUUCUUUCCAUCCUCCUUCAUCUAUCCUUCCCAUCCAUUCCUAUUUUAUUAUUGCCACUUUCCUUCUGUCCUUUCUACUUUCAUUCGCUCCUUCCAUCUCUCCUUCUUUCCAUCCUUUUGCUUCUAUCCUUCCUGCAUUCCUAUUUUACCUAUUUUUCUAUUUUCCUUCUGUCCUUUCUAAUUUCAUUCGCUCCUUCCAUCUCUCCUUCUUUCCAUCCUACUUGCUUCUAUCCUUCCUGCAUUCCUAUUUUACUUGCCACUUACCUUCUGUCCUUUCUACUUUCAUUCGCUCCUUCCAUCUCUCCAUCCUCUUUUCAUCCUUCCUGAAUUUAUUUUACUUGCCGCUUCUAUCCUUCCUACUUUCAUUCCUAUUUUUCCAUCCCUACUUGCUUCAUUUCCUUUUUACUGUCCCUUUCUACUUUCAUUCGCUCCUUCCAUCUCUCCUUCUUUUUCCAUCCUACUUGCUUCUAUCCUUCCUGCAUUCCUAUUUUACUUGCCACUUUCCUUCUGUCCUUUCUAUUUUCAUUCUCUCCUUCCAUCUCUCCUUCUUUCCAUCCUGCUUGCUUCUAUCCUUCCUGCAUUCCUAUUUUACUUGCCACUUUCCUUAUGUCCUUCUGUUUCCUUCCUUCCAUCUCCCUUCUUUCCAUCCCUCUUGCUUCUAUCCUUCCUGCAUUCCUUUUUACCCUGCCACUUCCUUCUCCUUCUUUCAUUUCCUCCUUCCAUCUCUCCUUCCUUCCAUCCUACUUGCUUCUAUCCUUCCUGCAUUCUAUUUUACUUACUUUUCCUUCUGUCCUUUCUAUUUUCAUUCGCUCCUUCCAUCUCUCCUUCUUUCCAUCCUACUUGCUUCUAUCCUUCCUGCAUUCCUAUUUUACUUACAACUUCCUUCUGUCCUUUCUACUUUCAUUCGCUCCUUCCAUCUCUCCUUCUUUCCAUCCUACUUGCUUCUAUCCUUCCUGCAUUCCUAUUUUACUUGCCCUUUCCUUCUGUCCUUUCUAUUUUCAUUCGCUCCUUCCAUCUCUCCUUCUUUCCAUCCUACUUGCUUCUAUCCUUCCUGCAUUCCUAUUUUACCCGCCACUUUCUUUCUGUCCUUUCUACUUUCAUUCGCUUCCAUCUCUCCUUCUUUCCAUCCUUCUUUCCUUCCUGCAUUCCUAUUUUACCCCUACUUUCCUUCCUGUUUUCUACUUUCAUUCACACCUUCCAUCUCCUUCUUUCCAUCCUUUCUUCUAUCCUUCCUGCAUUCCUAUUUUUACUUCCACUUUCCUUCUGUCCUUUCUACUUUCAUUCGUUCCUUCCAUCUCUCCUUCUUUCCCUGCAUUCCUGCUUCUAUCCUUCCUGCAUUCCUUUUUUUUUUUCUACCACUUUCCUUUACUAACCUUCCUUUCUACUUUCAUUCGCUCCUUCCAUCUCUCCUUCUUUCCAUCCUACUUGCUUCUAUCCUUCCUGCAUUCCUAUUUUACUUGCCACUUUCCUUCUGUCCUUUCUACAUUCAUUCCUCCUUCCAUCCUCCUUCUCCAUCCUGCCUUCUAUCCUUCCUGCAUUCCCUAUUUUCCAUCCUGCCACUUUCCUUCUGUCCUUUCUCCUUUCAUUCGCUCCUUCCAUCUCUCCUUCUUUCCAUCCUACUUGUUCUAUCCUUCCUUCUGUUUCUAUUUUAUUCACUUUCCUUCUCUCCUUUCUACUUUCAUUCCGCUCCCUUCCAUCUCUCCUUCUUUUCCAUCCUACUUGCUUCUAUCCUUCCUGCAUUCCUAUUUUGCCCACCACUUUCCUUCUGUCCUUUCUACUUUCAUUCGCUCCUUCCAUCUCUCCUUCUUUCCAUCCUAUUUGCUUCUAUCCUUCCUGCUCCUUCCUAUUUUUCCAUCCACUUUCCUUCUGUCCUUUUUACUUUCAUUCGCUCCUUCCAUCUCUCCUUCUUUCCAUCCUACUUGCUUCUAUCCUUCCUGCAUUCCUAUUUUACUUGCCACUUUCCUUCUGUCCUUUCUACUUUCAUUCUCUCCUUCCAUCUCUCCUUCUUUCCAUCCUACUUGCUUCUAUCCUUCCUGCAUUCCUAUUUUACUUGCCACUUACCUUCUGUCCUUUCUACUUUCAUUCGCUCCUUCCAUCUCUCCUUCUUUCCAUCCUACUUGCUUCUAUCCUUCCUGCAUUCCUAUUUUUUACUUUCAUUCGCUUUCCUUCUGUCCUUUCUACUUUCAUUCGCUCCUUCCCUAUCUCUCCUUCUUUCCCAUCCUGCCAUCCUACUUCUAUCCUUCCUGCAUUCUAUUUUACACGCAACUUUCCUUCUGUCCUUUCUACUUUCAUUCGCUCCUUCCAUCUCUCCUUCUUUCCAUCCUACUUGCCUUCUAUCCUUCCCUGCAUUCCUAUUUUACCCUUGCUUUCCUUCUGUCCUUUCUGCUUUCAUUCGCUCCUUCAUCUCUCCUUCUUUCCAUCCUCUUGCUUCUAUCCUUCCUGCAUUCCUAUUUUACCCCUUUCCUUCAGUCCUUUCUAUUUUCAUUUCGCUUCCUUCCCUUCUUUCCUUCUUUAUCCAUUCCUAUUUGCUUCUAUCCUUCCUGCAUUUUCUCAUUUCCUUCCACUCUCUUCCAUCCCUCCUUCCAUCUCCAUCCUUUUGCCCACUAUCCUUCCUGCAUUCCUAUUUUAUUUCCACUUUCAUCCUUCUUUCUUUUCAUUCCUUCCCUUCAUUUCCUUCUUUCAUCCUUCUUGCUUUCUAUCCUUCGCUCCAUUCCUAUUUUACUUACCUUUCCUUCUGUCCUUUCUACUUUCUAUUUUACUCCCUUCCAUCUCUCCUUCUUUCCAUCCUACUCCUUCUUUCCUACUCUUUCCUAUUCUAUUUCCACUUUUCCUUCUCAUUCCUUUCCUUUCUUUCCCUUUCCUUCCAUCUCUCUUCUUUCCAUCCCUGCCUUCUAUCCUUCCUGCAUUCCUAUUUUACUUACCACUUACCUUUCUGUUUCUACAUUCAUUCGCUCCUUCCAUCUCUCCUUCUUUCCAUCCUACUUCUUCCUUCCUUCCUUCCUAUUCCUAUUUUUACUUCUACUUCUUCUGUACUUUCUACUUUCAUUCGCUCCUUCCAUCUCUCUUCUUUCCAUCCUACUUGCUUAUAUCCUUCCUGCAUUCCUAUUUUACUUUGCCCAUACCUUCUGUCCUUUCUACUUUCAUUCGCUCCUUCCAUCUCUCCUUCUUAUCAUCCUACUUCUUCUUCUAUCCUUCCUGCAUUCCUAUUUUACUUGCCACUUUCCUUCUGUCCUUUCUUUUCAUUCGCUCCUUCCAUCUCUCCUUCUUUCCAUCCUUAUAUCCUUCCACAAUUCCUAUUUUACUUGCCCUUUCCCUUCUGUCCCUUUCUACUUUCAUUCUCUCCUUCCAUCUCUCCUUCUUUCCAUCCCUACUUACUUCUCCUUCCUGCAUUCCCUAUUUUACCCUUACUUUCCUUCUGUCCUUUCUUUUCAUUCCCUCCUUCCAUCUCCUUCUUUGCAUCCUACCUUCUAUCCUUCCUGCAUUCUAUUUUACUUGCCACUUUCCUUCUGUCCUUUCUAUUUUCAUUCUCCUUCCAUCUUUCUUCUUUCAUUUCUAAUCUAUGCUUUGCCCUUGUCCUUUCCUUCCAUCUUUCCUUCUUUCUUUCUUUUUCUUUCUUUCUUUCUUUCUUUCUUCAUGUCAUGGACAUCUCUUUUCAUUCCUUCUUGCUUUUCCUUGUUUCAUUGACUUAUUGGACCUUACAUUCUUUCUCCUUUCAUUUCUAA